UGGUCCUGCCGACGUGGCGGGGCGGGACCCGGGGCUCCCGCGCGCACUCGGCGGCCAAGCGAUCUUAAAAUGUCUGAUGAUGCCAGUGACACCAUAGCCAAUGACGUCGGAGAAGAUGCUGCUGAGAUGCCCCCUGGUGACCCCCCAGCUGAAGAUGCAGAAGUGCAGUGUGGUCCGGCUAUAGUGACUUCAAAUGAGCCGGCGCCAGCUGACCACGCAGGAGAGCAGUAUGAGACCACAGCUGCACGUGCAGAGACUGUCCCUACGGGGCUUCUAGAGCAGUCCGAGGCCAGUGCUGCCGAGGAGAACCCCCUCAACGGAGAGGUGGCUGAGGACACGCUGGCUGAGUGCGUUGAUUCCGUCAGCCUCGAGGGAGAUACCGGAUCUGACAUACCUCUGAAAGAGCAGAGCGAUGCGGCUGUGGACUCCACACCACGGCCAGGAGGAUGGGCAGGCUGGGGAUCCUGGGGAAAAUCUCUGCUCUCAUCCGCAUCAGCCACAGUAGGUCAUGGGUUAACAGCCGUCAAAGAAAAGGCCGGGGCGACCCUACGAAUCCACAGUGUCAAUUCCGGAUCUCCUGAAGGGGCACCCACUGAUGCCAGAGAUGGAUUCUCUGAAAAUGUGACUCCAGAUCAGGACCCCGCCGGAGGCCCCCACCCUUCUCCUCCACCAGGGGCGGCAGGGUCGCGGGGCAUGCUGUCAGCCCUCACCCACGUGGUUCAAAACACGGGCAAAAGCGUCUUAAGCGGAGGUCUGGAUGCUCUGGAAUUCAUCGGGAAGAAAACCAUGAAUGUCCUGGCGGAAAGUGACCCAGGGUUUAAGCGGACCAAGACACUGAUGGAGAGAACCGUCUCCUUGUCCCAGAUGUUGAGAGAGGCCAAGGAGAAGGAGAAGCAGAGGCUGGCACAGCAGCUCACAGUGGAGAGGACCGCACACUAUGGGCUGCUUUUUGAUGAAUAUCAAGGUUUGUCACACCUGGAAGCCCUAGAGAUUCUGUCCAAUGAGAGUGAGAGCAAGGUUCAGUCAUUUUUAGCCUCGCUGGAUGGAGAGAAGCUAGAACUCUUGAAAAAUGACCUAAUUUCUAUCAAAGACAUCUUUGUAGCCAAAGAAUCAGAGGGUGAAGCAAAUCCAGAAGAACAAGGCCUAGAAGAAAAGGGCGAAGAAUUUGCUAGCAUGCUCACGGAACUCCUGUUUGAAUUACACGUGGCCGCCACACCUGACAAGCUCAAUAAGGCCAUGAAGAAAGCCCAUGACUGGGUGGAAGAGGAUCGAAGCCUGGUGUCAAUAGACGUGGCCAAAAGGUCAGAGGAGGAAGAGACGAAGGACGAAAAGGAAGGGCGAGCCGAAGAACCCGAAGAAAACAAAAUGGGGGAGAAAGGAACUAAGACUGUAGAGGAAGUGUACAUGCUGUCCAUCGAAAGCCUGGCUGAGGUAACGGCGCGCUGUAUCGAGCAACUCCAUAAAGUUGCAGAGCUGAUUCUUCAUGGCCAAGAAGAGGAAAAGCCAGCUCAGGACCAAGCAAAAGUUCUGAUAAAAUUAACCACAGCGAUGUGCAAUGAAGUAGCCUCCUUAUCAAAGAAGUUUACAAAUUCUUUAACCACUGUCGGGAGCAACAAGAAGGCGGAAGUCCUUAACCCCAUGAUCAAUAGUGUGUUUUUAGAGGGCUGCAAUAGCACCACAUACAUCCAGGACGCCCUCCAGCUGCUGCUGCCGGUGUUACAGGUCUCCCACAUCCACACCAGCUGUUUGAAGGCCGAGACCCAGCUAGACUCCAGCUAGUGCAGUGGCAGCCGAAUCUCUUCACUACAUACCGUUUAAAGGCGAUGGUCUUCACCGACACAGGAGAGACCCCCGCCCCAAUCUGAGGACACUACAAGCAACUUUGCACAGUUUUGCAAAUACAGAGAGUUAACCUUUCUCUUAAUGUAUAUUGUUGUUGUUUUUAAUUGAUAAUUAUAUUUUCCGUAUAUUAACUUAAACUUUUACUUGUUAUAUUGAAACUUUCCUUCAAUUUACAGUUCAUCCACAAAUACGUGUUUUCCUGGUCAAACAUGCUAUAUUUAGAAGUUCAUAGGGAGACCCUAGGUUUUUGUGCAUCUUUGAAAUGUCUACCUUUGAGUGCCCUAUUUUUCUAAGACAUGGCUUUAAGUCAGUUCUUAUGCUGAACUGCAUUUUGUUGCAUAAAUGUCACAAGCGAAAACAGCACUACUUAUUUGGUUUUUUAAAAAGGACAUAAAUAUGUUUUUGUAGUCAGCCAUUUUGUGACAAGAUUUAUUGAGCAUCUACUAUGUGCUUACCGUAAAGGAAUAGGACCUCACUCCAGUAGAGACAUGUUCUGAAAGGUGAUUUAUAAUAACCCUUAAUGUAUUUUAGGAUAUUAAGAUGUUUUCGAAACUGUAAAAUGCUUGAAGAACCAAGUAAAUUGGUGGUUACUUAAAAUGUGCUACCCCUUCAAUUUAUUACCAUUUUUUAACCUCUUUGAACUUUUUUUUAAUACCAAAAUUACCUCUAGGGUGAAAAUAUGUAUGAAAGGGGUAUGAAAAAAUAUUUAUUUCUGAGGCAGGAUCUCACUAUUGUAGACCAGGCUGACCUCAGACUCACAAAGAUCUGCCUGCCUCUGCCUCCCAAGUACUGGGAUUAAAGGUGUACAGAACCACGCCUGCCUGACCUGAAGAAGUAUUUUAGUUUUAGGGUAGAUGAUGGCAAAAUUAGAAAGCUUGGAUGUUUUCCAAUAGAAAAUAAAAGGGGUUUAGCAUAGUAGAAGCCCAGACCUGCAUUCCAAAAAUACCUACUGAACCAAUCACACACACUGUGGUGGCGAAGGGUAGAAAAUACUGAUGUGUGUUGGCCAGGUGGUACGUUGAUUCAGGGAGAUGCCGCAAAGACCUUGCAGCUAGCAGUGGCAGUGACAUUGGGCUCUUUCCGAGCCGCACCUGUUCUUGGCAGGUUGGGAUUCUGUGGCAUGCUUCUGUUCCAGACCCUCACUGACAUCCGUACCAGCGGUGUCCAAAAUAGUCAUGUCAGUGGCUAUCCCAGGGCAAAUGAUGCGUGUAGUCUUAAGAGGGAGAAAGUCCCUUUGCCUUUCUUUAUUUCUGUGAUAGAAUCAAUGGUCUCCAUUCCCUGCAGGCCAAGUCGGUAUUUGAAUAUUCUCAGUAGCAUUUUUGUGUGUCUGUGUCUUGUUUCUUAGCUGUACGUCUCCUGAAACAACCAAAUAAAAACAUAAGGGCAAUUUACUUGCAAUCUAGAAAAAUAAAAUUCUCUUUGAAAAAUCAA